AAAGAUAUUCAAGUCUUUUGGACGGUCCCUCGGGGCCUUGACCGUUUCCAGUCUCCUUUCUUCCUCCCCCAUAGCAAGGACAAAAUGUCUUUCGCUUGACUGCAUUUUGCACCUCGCCAACCGUACUUUUUCUUUUCUUUUCUUUUCUUUUAUUUUUUUCAAUUUCUUUCUUCUAUUCUUCUCUGUUUCUUUUAGUCCGCAGCGAUGCUGGUCAUCCGCUUUUUUUGGCUGCAAGCCGUCCUGGCGACGGCCCAGCUCGUGGAUUCGGACGGAGUCCUUGGGGGAGGAGGUGACUCGGCUCCCUCGUCGGUAGAAGAGCAAAGUCCGGUAGGGACGAACUCCCCAGGCGGUAUACUGGACGGGGUGGUGGACAAGGUGGGGGGAGCGGCGGACAAACUGCUCUCGCCCAUCUUGGACCCCAUUGUCGGCCCGACGGGGCUGUUUGGCGACGAUGACGAUGCUGCAACAAGCACGACUCCCGCCGAGACUCAAGAUUUGCCGCCGGUCACCUCUGUCGAGUCGUCCGCCGCCGACCCAGAGCCGACUUCCGAGCUGGCCACCGAACCUACUUCGGAAGCAACUAAUGAGACCACAACACAGCCUACGACACGGGAACCCGCUCCGACAAGCCAGCAACAGCCCCCUGCCUCGAGCGAACGUCCGUCUCCCCUUCCGGGGACGGAAGAGCAGCAACAACCCACCGCUGACCCUGCCCCGGUUCCCAAGCCCGACAUCUCCACCGUGUCUGAAGCGCCACCUUCGCCAACAACUUCCGCUGCCGAAGCGCCGGCGCCUUCCUCCUCGGUCGCAGGAGUUAUCCGGAUUUCCCAGCCGGUAGACUCUCCGGCGGGGACCUCCUCCGCGCCGGUGGGACAAUCACCGACCCGCGCACCCGCUCCGGGACCGACAAGUUCCAGGGCUGCCUCUCAACCUGCAGCAUCAUCGCCUCCUCCGGGUGACAGAGAACCAGUUUCCACCCUCGUGACCACCUCCGGCACGACCUUCCUGUCCGUCUUCGUACCCCCGACCCCGACCGGCCGCCUCGCCGUUAUCGGCGACACUGGCGAGCCCCUCCCUACCCUCGACCUCUCCGGUCAAUCCCCAUCAUCCCCAGAGGGUGACGGCAGCAGCGACGACAAGAGCCCGGCCACCGCCGAAGACGAGACCGCGGCCGGCUCGGGAGGCUCCCCGACCGAGUCAGGAACGACGGGCGGGACGGGCGGCAAGGGAAUCGAGUCGUCGUCGUCGUCGUCGUCGUCGUCGUCCGACGGCUUGCCGCUCAAGACCAAGAUCGGCAUCGGCGUGGGCGCCGGCGCGGGCAGCAUCGCGAUCGCGGUGACGGCCACGCUGAUCCUGUGGAAGAUCCGGAUGGGGCGGCGCCCCGCUUCGUCAUCGUCGUCCGAGGACAGGGAGCGGGGCGCGAGCCCUACGCCGCAGGAGAAGGCCAAGAUGGACUUUGAGAGCGAGCACGACGUGGCCUUCGACUUUGGCUUCCUCCGCGACAGGGCGGCGGCGACCGCCCCCCCGGUCAACGCGACCGGGGGCGGAGUCGCCACGGGCGCGCCUGGGGUCGGGAGGAAACUGACGGUCGUGAACAAGGGCGAGGACGAGUGGCUGUCUACGAUCGAUACCCCGCGACAGCAGCAGCAGCAACAAUUCGUGGCGGAACUCGACGGUGGGGAAGUGCCGGGAUAUUAUAAUAGGGGGGCUAUUGGUGUUGGGCGGUGAGCGUGUGUCAG